AAAAGUCUUUCAAGAUUGCAUGAACAAAUUCUGAUGUUUUAUUUCUGGUUUAGAUUACAGACCUGAAAGAAAUUGCAGCUGUGACAAAUGUAAAAUAGUUAUAUGUAGUAGGAAUAAAGGUAGGUGCAUGCAGCCAAGUGCAAUGCUACAUUAUUUAAUUAAACAAACAUGUAAUUUCAGGAUAUGUGAAUUCUUGGUAACUAUUCUCUGUAGUCUGCUGCUGCUCCGAGGUUUCACAGCCUGCUGCAAACUGUCCAGCUGCACUGACAUCUGCUGUGCUGCGAGUCAAGCAAUGAUUUGCACAGAUGAAAAUUUUCCAGGUUUUAUUUUGCAUCCAGCUUCCUUCAGACACUCAGCCUACACACGAAUAUAAUGGAAGGGUCACAAAAUACUAAGCUCUUCAUUCACACUGUUGGUAUUUAAGUCCAACAUCGUCUCUCUGAAAGUCUCGGGCAACCAUCGCCUAUUUCAGAAAAUGCUCCACAUUCGAAAGCACGUUCAGGAGCAAAGCUCCCUCAAUUGCACAAACACGAGCAAGAGCAGUGGCUUUCAGCGGAAGCUGUUACAAUAUGAAUGAAAUAAUAAAAUAUUCCUUCAUCCAAAGGAAGAGAGAGAAUGACUUGGCACCCCACUGAGAUGAUGAAGCAUUGCCAAUGUGGUUUCUUCAGACUACUGUAAUGAUAUUGUCUGGCUGCCUCUCAGACCCCCUUUUAACAAUUAAACAACAGUUUAACCCUCUGACCAAUUUCAACCAAACUCUGCAGGAAAGCAGAGCUCUUCAAGAAAUGGAAAUUACUACAAGUUUAGUGUGGACAGGGGCAACAAAGACUGAGCCGUUUGCCCAUUGCAAGGGCAAGUGUUGUGUGAGCGUGCUAGCUGGGUAGUUAGCACACACAAACCGGGCAGCAGGGCAGGACAGACAUAGUGCGGGGUUAGAGCAAACACUGCCACUUGCCAGACUCCUGCUCUGGACAUGUGGGGAGAAAUGAGGGUGGUGUGUAGGGAAACAAAGAGCAUUGCAAUUAAAUGGUCCUAAGGAGCACAUAUAGAGAUGAGCUGGAGUUACUGUGGUCAGAGUUGGCACGGGAAAGGGCAGCUUUCACUAGGAAACCCGGAUUCCUUCAUGGUGCUACUCAGCAGAUGACUUGCUCAAUCCAAUGGCCAGAUUUUCAGUGCACAAGUAAUGAGCCAUAUGUUUUAUGGCCGUAGUCAUUGACUCUACUGGUAGAACUGGAGCACACCCUCAUUCUGGGCAGCACCGCAUCACAUGUGACCUGUCUGGGGUGAUGGGAAGUGGUAAAUUGGAAUAGGUAGUAAAAGAAGUUUUGACACAACCUGAGGACUACAGUGCUUUGAGAAAGAGCACUAGUGCAUCGUGUAAACUUCGGCACUUUUUUAAAGACAUAUUCAUUAUUGAGCCACAAGUGAACUUGGCAAGCAAGAGUUUAGAGUGCCUGCCUUGGCAGCUGGGAGCCCACAACCAGGGUAAGCACACAUCCCCUUUACAAUGGUUAUGCCACACAAACAAAACCUGGAAAAACAAAAGAGCGCUCUGCUGCCAGGGAAAGGGGGCUCCUGAGGAACUGCCUAUGGGGAACCCAGGACAGCUGGAAUCUGUAUCACACCAACAAGGUACACAGGGAUCCAAACGUGAUGACAUCUUGCAACCUAUAGCAUUGGGAAGAAAUGCAGACUGGUUGUUUCUCUGGAUGUUGGAUGUUGGAUGUUGGAUGAGAUAGUGAAGCCCCAGGAGCAUUCAGCAUUGCAAGGGGUGGGAAGAGCAGGUCCCCUGUUUGCCCUUUCUCUGGUACCUAUCCCAGACUCAAGGUUGCCUUCAGCUCUGGCAGCUGUGCUUGCCUGGGCUUGAUGGGAGGUGCGGGUAGCCGGCUUUCCUGCAGCAGGCUCUGCCAGCCUCCUGAUUUCUGGCUCUCUGGGAUGUGUGCUCCCUGCGGGAGGCAUGUGCAGAGCUGUGGAGAGCAGAGGCAGCGCAGGCAGCCUGAAUCGCAUUCCUCCAACUCUUGUUUCUCAGCAGGGCACUUAUUCCAGGACUCUGUUUCCCCCUGAUUGAUUGCCUCUGCCAUUGUGGGACUGACAUCUUACAUGAGAGUCCUGCUCAGUCCCUUAUCAUGGGAUCAUGAGGAAUGAUCAUUCCCCAGGACACCCAUUGAUAACAGUGAAUAAUAGUCAGGAGGGAAGGCAAACGAUAGUAGGACCAUGCUCAAGCGAGGUGCUGUUAUUCUUGGGACAGGAGGUUUCUGCAGAGGAGGAGGAGAGCUUGGAAGAUGGAGGGGGAUGGGAGGUGUCCUGUCAUUGCUGAUGCUCUCUAGGGCUCAGCAGCUGGAGAGAAACAUUGGCUAAGGAUGGUCAAAGCUGGGAAGGAAAAAAAGGAGGAGGGAAAGGGACGAAGUGAAAGGAGCUAGGAACCAAACUGGAGAGCAUAGACAGAUCAGUGACCUCUGAUGCAUGAGGGAUGAAAGAAACAGACUGUGAUUGACUAUGUGGACUGUCUGGGUGAUCAUCUUCUGGAUUUCAACUGUACUGAUCAGAGCUGUCCCACCUGUCUGUGACCUCCUGAGUGUCCUGAAAAAGGAGGAAGAAAACUGUGCUGAGACGCUUUCCCUGGAGGUGAAGAACGGAACAACUGAAAACUAUCUGCUCCUGAGCUCAGGCAGAUGUGUUGGAAUGUGGGAUAACAUGAGCUGCUGGCCUUCAUCUGCCGUGGGACAGACUGUCAGUGCUCACUGCCCUGAAUUCUUCCAGAUGCUGACUGGGAAAAAAGGUUUUGUCUACCGAAACUGUACAAGCGAAGGUUGGUCAGACCCAUAUCCAAGACCUGAUAUCGCUUGUGGCUACAAUGUCAAUGACACAGCAAACGAGGCAAGACGUUCCUAUUUCAUGAUUCUGAAGACCAUGUACACCAUCGGGUACUGCACCUCCCUUGUGACGCUGAUGAUAGCCUUAGCGGUGCUGGCCUCUUUCAGAAGGCUUCGCUGUACAAGAAACUACAUCCACAUGCAUCUCUUCACAUCAUUCAUUUUGCGAGCCUCGUCCAACUUCAUCAAGGAUGCUGUUUUGUUUUCCUCUGAAGAUGCAAAUUACUGCAGGGCAUACACGGCUGGGUGUAAGCUCACCAUGGUCUUCUUUCAGUACUGCAUCAUGUCUAACUACAGCUGGCUCCUUGUGGAGGGACUGUACCUCCAUACUCUCCUGGUUAUUUCUUUCUUCUCGGAAACAAAGUUCCUCUGGCGGUUCAUCACCCUCGGAUGGGGUGCCCCAACCGUCUUUGUGGCCGCAUGGGCAACUGCGAGGCAACUCCAUGAAAAUAUUGGGUGUUGGGAUAUUAACACUAAUGCCAAUACCUGGUGGAUCAUUAGAGGCCCUGUAGUUUUGUCUAUUUUUAUAAAUUUCAUUCUUUUUGUCAACAUUUUAAGAAUCUUGAUGAGGAAGCUCAGCUCACCUGAAGGACGGAACAGUGAUUUCAACCAAUACAAGAGACUUGCAAAGUCAAUGCUCCUCCUCAUCCCACUCUUUGGGGUCCACUACAUCAUCUUUGCUUUUUUCCCAGAAGACACAGGCAGUGGCACAAUGGAAAUUCAGCUGUUUUUCGAAUUGGCUCUUGGAUCAUUCCAGGGCUUUGUCGUGGCUGUACUUUAUUGUUUUCUUAAUGGUGAGGUUCAGCUGGAAGUUCAGAGAAAAUGGAGGCAGUGGCAUUUAAGCAAACACUUGCGUCAGCAUCUCAGUGCCUCAGCAAGUAACGGAGGAAGCGGCUUAACUCAAGAGAUGCAGAUGGUGAGGUCAAGCCCACCAGAGCACAGGAGAGCAACCCUCCAAAGAUCAAGCGUGCUUUAACACUAUACACCUGGAGGAUACCUCCAUGCUCAGAUACACAUGGUUAAGUCCCAUGGACCGUGCUGGGAGUCUUGUGUAUGCAUCUGAAAGCGGGCUUUGGCUAUAGAUCAACAAUUCUUGAAGCACAUCUGUUCAUUUAUAUCCUGUGUAGCACCAGAGUUAUUUUGCAAGGCAAAAUGGGCCAAAGCUUUAUGCUUUUCCUUGGGCUUCUAGCCAUAGUCAUUUGUGUUUCUUUCCACACCAGUAUUUUUCAGCUGCUAUUUCUACCUUAAAUGUGACCUUUCAUUUUCCAUGUGGCUUUUCAACAUGUUCUAGGCUAAGCCAGGUUGGUGAGUGUUCUCUAUUUCUUCUGCUGUUGAAGCUGGCAGGACACUCAAUCUUGUACUAUGAAGGUUAUGCCACCCUCUAACACAGCCCAUGGGUUUGAAAUGCAAAAUUAAUGAAUCUCUAAAAUUUACCAACAUUCAAAGUCUUUCUGUUGGGGUCACAAAUGAUAGACACUGAGAACAUAACGCACAGCUGAGCUCCAGUUUCCCCUCUGACUGCAUAUCCAUUGCUUCAGUGACAGUGGCAGGUUCAGAUGGUUUUCUUCCUUUGCCUCUCCUAACAAUGGAGACCUUGGAAAUAACAGUGGUCCAAUUUUGAUCUUCAUAUCUUCUUGAAAUGGUAAAAAAGCUAUCAUAGCAUAUUCCAAGGGUGGCCAAGAAAACUUCAUUAAGAUAGCUUUUUCCUACUGUGUCUGUACCUCUAAGACUUGUCCAGCUAGUCUUUGAAGGGAAGCAAUGAAACCCUUGAGACAUUUAAAACUCAAUUGAACUGGACAGCACAAACUAUCUUGUGAAAAACACCACCACAGUGGCUGGCAAAAAUCUUAAAAGUCUAUGAUCACUCAGCAUGCUGAAAUCUGCAAGACUGUGCACUGUGAUACGCUGUCACAAGGUAUCUGAGCUUCUAUUACAGUUUUACAUUCUUAAGGAUAAAAUUGUUAAGCAAAUUUCCCUGGUUUUAGUGGGAAAGGGAUAAAAAUUCAUACGUCAAAUGCAAUCAAGACUUCUGAGUCUGCAUCUGCACUUCCCUAGUUGGGGCAAUUCUUGCCUGGUUUUCUUCAAGGGCAAAGAUGACUGAACAGAAAGCAAGUGUGCUUAUCACCCUUCCCCCUCCUCCCAAUCACCUACAUGACAUUGUCAAAUGCUGACCUAGAGGCAUUCCCCAACUGCUUGGCCCAAACUGCUCUAACCAGCUUUUAUUCACACCAAACCAUCAUGGUAGACUUCUGCCAUUUUGCCAGAAGGCAAACAUGCAGAGAAUUCUAAGGAUGCUUUCAAAGUUAAAUUACCUGUGCAGGAGCAGGUUUUUGAGUGCUAUUAGCAGUGUUUCAAACCCCAAGAUUCAGGAAAAUGUCUUUUUUUUCCUGCCGUUUCUGACAGACUGCACAGCCCGUAUCCUCCCCGCUGAAGCGGGCACUGCGGGCAGCCAGGCGAGGAAGGGCACCUCGGCAGGAGGGAGGGCUUGGUGUUUGCUCCAGCCUCCCCUGCCUGGUUCGCUUUGCCAGCUGAUGCAGGUCACCCAGCAGUGGGAGAGCUGGACCUCUUUUAACACCAGGAGGGGUGGAAAAAAAUAAUCAAAUAUAAAGCAGUGAGCUGGCAAGUGUUUCCAGGAAUUAAUUUUAAACUUAAGUUUUUGGAAAUGGCAAGGUUUUGAGUUGGAUUUGUCCUUUAAAACUUAGCCAAAGCAAGUGGAAGGAAGAGCAGAAGUGACUAAGGAAGAACAGAGAGACCCCCUCCAUGCAUGUUUGCGUGAAAGAUCUCAUUUCUCCCUGACUUACCCAAGCCAAGUAGAGCCUCCAACCUUCUCGGGGGUUCGCUCUGUCCCAGAGCAUUUAGCAAGUCAGAUACUUCUGAAAAGAUACCACCAUUAGCUUAGUUUUCUCUCUGGCCUACAAGUAAGGCCAAGAGGAGUGAAACAACUUGUAUGUUCCCUGUCUGAGCAUUAAACAUCUACCAGCCAAGCCAAAGCAGCUGUUUGUUUUAAAUGCAAGUGUCUUCUUCCGGCAUAAAUGAAGAAAUAGAGAUUCAAAGAUAUAAUAACAUGUAAUUAAUUAGACCUGAUGCAAUUACCGGCUCUCCCACAAGCCAGUGUAAAGAGCCCAGCCCUGCAGUAUGUAGUUAAGACCAGCACUGAUGGCACAAGUUCGGGUGGAGCUCAUGCUGAGUGUCAUACUUAUUUGUACAGGAGUCCUGGUGAGAGAGGCGAACCACAUGCCCUGAAAUAUAGCACUGCUGUUUGUUUGUGUUAAAAAAAAAAGUUCUAGUAUGUUAUUGUUUUACAUGGCCAUUUUGGUUUUAUUUGACUUGUCUGAAAUAACCAAAAAAAAGGAAGUAUUCUCAGAUUCUGUAUUACAUUUGAUUCAAGUAUCAAGCACUGGCCUGGUUUGUAUGAAAAGCUGAUUCCAUAAAAAGCCUUCUAUGUCAGCUGGCACUUGGAGUCUUUGGCUCUUUGGGAAAAGCAUGACCACUCGUGCAGGUGCCAGAAGCAGACAGCCCCAGGUGUUAUGAUGCUGUGACCUGGAGGUAGAAAGCUGCUGCCUAUCACCACCAUAGCGGGACAUACACCAUGCAGUGGAAGGAGCUCCAGGAACUCUGACAUGUUUGUAAGCAGAUGAAGAGGAACAGGGAAGUAAAUCUCAGCGAGCAGUUCAAGAAGCUAGAGAUGAACAGGUGCAAGGCAUGCAGACUCCAGCAUCGGUGGCCUGAAACUACUGACACAGACUGAAUGCAAACUCCAUAUUCAGAAUUCACCAGCUUCCCUUUUUCUAUACUUGCUCCUCAGUAUUCAGGGUAAAGCAGGAAUUUGUUAUCGGUGAAUAGGGCCAUCUUUCAGUCAAGUAGUUAUCAUUGUUUUGGGAUGAUGCUGUGACAGCCUCUGGCUAUUCACUCUAGGUCCCCUGAGAAGCCGGUUGUGGCUCUGCAAGCCAGCAGUGCAGGCGGCAGCAGCUCCAGCAGCUGGAACACCAGCAGUCUAAGGCCUUAGGGCUGAAUUUAAGAGGAAAUGAUUAAUGGAUUUUCUCUCCCAACACAGCAACGAGGAAGUUCCCAGCAAAACCAUCAGAAGCAAAAAGCAGUAUUGUUGUGCAGUGAAUAACUAAUUACAUUGUACAAUGCCUCACUGGGCAUCAGGGGAGCUCAAAUGAACUGUUUCAGAAGUGGGUGGUGCCAAUUCAGAGGCAUCGGAUCCAGGUGAAGGUGACAGGACCCAGGAAUCUAGCCAACACCCCCUGGGGCAGACCUGCCUUCCACCCAGAGGCCCUUCUGGUGUAUGCAAGCUGGCGGUGGAAAAUUUAGAAGAGCCACUACCUGCUUACCAUUGGUCUCAGAAGAGUGAAAGAGAAGGCAGGUGAGGACAGUCAUCUUCCUACAACCACCUUUCCCUGACUCACAAAAGCAAGCAAAGCUCAACCCCCAAACCAAUUGUCCCUCCAAGCACAGCUGAUGAAGGUACUGUAGACUUAAAAUCAAAAUACCAGUGAACAGCCCAGGAUAUCUCCCUAGUUAGCAUGCCCUGUACCGAUAUUUUGUUAUUCUUAUCUGCAAGCAAUGGUUUGUGCACAAGUUUCCAAUUAAAGUUAGUAACUAAGUCUAAACAGCUCAUUAACAAAAGGUGAUGUUCAUUACCCUGCUUUUAAGAGAUACUGUUAAACCAUCUGAGACAGACCAAUGACCUCCCCCAUCAGAAA